CCUGGAGAGACCAUGUCUAUGAUUGGUCCCUCCACGAUAAGGUUUUAAUUUUGAAUUUUUCUUCUUGGAGAGGGCGAGGCUACUGCCUAGACGACAUCUAAUCCCUGGGCCCUUAGACUAAAAUCAUGCCCAAGUUCAAGCAACGAAGGAGAAAGCUAAAGGCCAAAGCAAAAAGAUUAUUCAAAAAAAAAGAAGCCUCUCACUUUCGGUCCAAGCUAAUUACACCUCCCCCUCCACCGCCCUCACCAGAAAGAGUGGUUAUUCCUUCAACAGAUACAUCCCUUAGCAGAAGCUGGCUAAGAUCAUCCUGGAACUUCAAAUUUCCUAAUAUCAAAGAUGCAGUAAAAGUUUGGACAAAUAGAAUAUGGUCCAUAUGCAACUGGUGUCAGAACUGCAUAGCCCAGAGCUUAGAAGUACUGAAAGACACCAUCUUUCCAUCCCGUUUCUGCCACCGAGAACUUCAUAGUCUAAAACAACGGUUUUGCAUUUUGGAAAGUGAAUUACAUAAGCUCCAGGAAGCACUAAAGGCUGUCUCAGAACAUUCUUCCUGUCCAAGCUGCGGUCAAAAGUGUUAUAGGAGCGGUGAACUUCCUCUUGUACCUGCCAGUGCUCUAAUCACCGCUGGAGAAUCCGGGGCUGUACUUCCUCCCACGCUGCCGCCACCCGCUGACCAUCUCCAUGCUCCUGCACCACCACCUCCACCACCUCCACCCCCUCCACCUCCUCCUCUGCCCCCACCUGCACCUCUGAUAGCUCCUUUGCUGAUUAGAAAAUCCAAUCUCCCUAAAGCACUUGAGGCUGGACCACUGAAAAAAGAUGGACCAAUGCAGAUAACAGUGAAAGACCUACUGGCUGUGAAAUUAAAGAAAACACAGGGUUUUGAUGAAAGGACGAAGCUUGUUCCAUCACCAAAGGCCCGGAAUCCACUAGUUACGGUCUCUGAUUUGCAACGUGUUACCCUGAAGCCCAACUCCAAAGUGUCAUCAACUCGAGUUACAAAUGUCUUAAUUACUCCUGGUAAAAGUCAGAUAGAUCUGCGGAAACUACUUAGAAAAGUCGAUGUAGAAAGGAGCCCAGGUGGGACCCCACUUACCAAUAAAGAAAAUAUGGAAACAGGAAUUGGACUCACGCCAGUAAUGACCCGAGCCUUGAGGAGAAAGUUUCAGCUGGCUCACCCUAGAAGCCCAACUCAAACUCUGCCACUUUCUGCAAGUGGCUUUGAUGAACAAAACUGAUGCCAACUCUGCCUGAAUCCGUGUGAUUGAUGGGCCAUAAAAUAUACAGAUAAAAUCACCCCAAUCCUUUUUUAUUUUUUUUAACGUAGUAGGGUAUGUAUAAAUAAUUAUAUGAAUAUAUAAUUCUAUAUAAAGAAUUAAAGUAUUAAUUAAAUUAAAGGAGCUUGUACGUACUGUGGUAUAAAUUGGGUAUUUGGAUAUUUCUAGUUUACAUGAUCAAUAAGAAAAUAGAACAGAAAAUACAAUCUCCAAAACAAUUUUUAUCCUGGAAUUACCCAAUUUAGUGUUGUUCAGAUUUAACUAGAUAACUCUAAUUUGUACUCUAUAAGUGCAGUUUUGACAUGAAGGUAAUAACCUAGUUCCCAUUCAUCUUGGGUAUUCUCGGGUAAUUGAAAAGAAAAGUAUUUCGCCUCUAAAGUUCAUGCAUUUAUUAAGUGCUACAAACUUGAUCAAUAAAAACGGCCCUCCAGAUUUGAUUUCUGUUCACUAUAAACAAUUAAGAGGUAAGACCAUUCUCCAUCCAAACCCAACUAUUUUCCAAAAGGAUUAGAAGCAAAAGAUCCAAUAUGACCUUAAAAAUUAGAAUGUAUCAUUUCUAGCGUCUUAGGUAGGUGGCUAUAUCUGGCUCACUGAAGUCUAAGAUACUUGUUAUUUUGAGGUCUGUUGUCCACAUGCGUGCAGCUAAAUAUGAAUUUCAUGAAGACUUCAACAUGAGCCCUGUAUUUUCCACAGUGCAUUGCCAAGGAUUCUCUGAGUUCCAUAGCAGGUUCACUUGUAGAACCACAUUCCCUGUCCUUAAUACUGUAUUAACUCAAUAAUAGUAAUAAUGCACACCUGACUGGAUUUUUGUUCUUUUCUGCCAAUCCAGGGUUGCCAAAUUUAGCAAAUAUAAAUACAUGACAUCCAAUCAAAUUUGAAUUUCAGAUAA